GAAAGAGCAGAAAACAGUGUGAUUUUGUAAUGACAAAAUAUUUCACAGAAACUGACAGGUCGUAGGUGGCGACUGAUUAAGGCCAGAUCGUGUAUAAAAAGCCAGGCAGUUGUCUCAGCUACAGCGCUAACACCUGCUCACCUGUGACUUCCGUUGAUUCAGGGUUCGCGACACCGGAUACGUAGAUUCUCGUUGAACAUCUGAUUACAGAAAACUGACUGUAUACAGGAAGAGUAGGUCAGGUUCAAUAAAGGUCUUCGGACCUUCAUAUGAUUUUCUGCUUCGAUAACCAGACUGCAAAACUGUGCAAAAGUAUGAAGUUCUUAAUCUUGGUGGCAGCCAUCGUGGCGUGCGUGCACUGCGUGAGAACUCCACCUCCCCUCCGAGAGUUUCAUCGAGAUCUUUCUCCCAAAGACCUAAACCAUUACUUUGGCGUGCAGGCUAAACAUGAUGUCCCGGACUAUGAACUCGUCCAUCUGAAAAAGUCCAAACCCCGAAGAUCGACCACUGCAGAAAAGGAGCCGUUGCAGUACGACUUCUCAGCUUUUGGGGAGAAUUACAGCCUCGAUCUGGAGCACAAUGAUAAGCUCAUCGCUCCAGGUUGCCUCGUCCACUACUUUCAAGCCAACGGCACGAAGAAGGUGCGACCUUGCCCUGUCAGGAAUGAUGACUGCUACUACUAUGGGACGUCCUCAAACCACAACGAUUCCAACGUUGCCAUCAGCACGUGCUCGGGCGUGAUGGGCAUGGUCCGGUUGCCAGACAGAGACUACGACCUGUGGAUCCAGCCAGUCCUCAAGAAGCACCACAAUCGCGCGCGCCGCAGCAUCAACUCUGCAGAGCCGCACAUCGUGGUCAAGCGGUCUACCCCUGGCCCCGAUGGCGCACCGGCAGCAGUGUCCAGCCUGGUGUCCGACAUACGACGGCGGCGCGACGCGGAUGACAGGUACGCGGAAAUGCUGUUGGUGGCGGACAAGACGAUGCAUGAGGCACAUGGCGAUGACCUGCGCAACUUCCUUCUGGCCGUGGCUAACGUUGCUUCUCGCAUUCUCGCAGACCAAUCUAUCGGCACGCCCAUUCACCUCUCCGUGGUCAAGAUAAACAUUCUGGAAGACGAUGAGCCCGGGUUGACGAUCGUGGAGGACGUCACGGAGACGCUACAGAGUUUCUGCAGCUGGCAGGAGAAGUUCAACGUGAAGGAUGACAACAACCCCCAGCACUACGACGGCGCUGCUUUGUUCACCAGGUUGGACAUCAUCUUCCAAGGAGUAAAGGACACAACUGGUUACGCGACAGUGGCGGGCAUGUGCGGGGACAAGAAGCGCUGCUCCUACAAUCAGGACACCGGCCUCAACACGGGCGUAACUCUUGCGCACGAAACUGGACAUACGUUGGGAAUGGUACAUGACGGAGCUGACAACUCCUGCCCAGACAAAACAAACAUGAUGUCUAGCGGUGGCAUGGGAGGCAAGACAGCGCUGUUUUGGUCAGAGUGCAGUCGCAAGGCCCUCCACGACUUCUUGGCCACGUCCGCGGCGGACUGCCUGAAGGAUGUCCCGCAGAACGUCCUCGCGCUGCCCAAAGAACUGCCCGGUGUGCUGUACGACGGAGACGAGCAGUGCCGGAUGUUCGCCGGCGAAGGCUCAACUAUUUGCACGGGGACGACCAGGAUUAUCCAAUCUGGGGGUGAUGAAUGCGAACGUCUGUUUUGCUUUGACCCUGAAUAUGCCGGAACUUGCAUUGGAGACUCAGUCCCGCGUAUGGAUGGCACGAUGUGUGGCGAUCGGAAAUAUUGUAUGCGGGGGCAGUGCGUUGACAUCGGCCCAGACGGUCCUCCUGCAGUGGACGGCGGGUGGUCAGACUUUGACCAAGAGUGGUCUCCCUGCUCGCGUUCCUGCGGCGGCGGCGUGCGGGUCAAAACUCGACGAUGCAACAAUCCUAAGCCACGGCUUGGAGGCAAACCAUGCCAAGGGUUAAAAAUCAUGGCAGAACUGUGCAACAUGCAGCCUUGCAGUAUCAGUCAGGAAAUUUACAGAAAUGAGCAAUGUGCCCUAACUGACUCUGACCCAUACAAUGGAAAUUUGUACCAUUGGGUUCCAAUCUCUGACACUGGCUCCCAGCAGUGCGAGCUACAUUGCAAAGCUGAUGGGAGAGGUUCCGUAGUUCUCCGGCAACUGGACAGAAAAAAUUUCUAUAAAGACGGCACCAUCUGCUCAGCGACCAACGCCUCCUUUUCCAGAUGUGUAGAUGGGAUUUGCUUGAGUUUUGGCUGCGACGGCAAGAGUGGGUCCAGCUACCAGUUUGACACAUGCGGUGUGUGCGGGGGUCAAGGGGAAACGUGCAGCAAGAUUACCGGCAAAUACUCUCAGGGCGAGAAAGAACAAUAUGUGACGUUCGUGACCAUUCCGGAAAAGGCGACGUCCAUCUUUAUCACUAACACCAAUCCGUUCACGCAAAUGACCAUCAAGAUCGGAAAUAACCGAAUCUUCAACAAAGUUGGGACCAUGCAGGACAGACCUGGGAGAUACUCCCUGGACGGAGUGACUGUCGUGUACGGUCUAAAUCCGGAGUCCAUCAAGAUUGAUGGACCACUGCCACUGCCCAUCGAAGCACAGGUGUGGCGCAGGUUUGCUGACAGCGAAUUCAUGAACGCAGGGCCAGUCAUCACGUACGAGUACUACGUCCCGUCUACGUCCGGCCCGAGCGAGUACGUGUGGCAGGCCACCAACGGCGUCUGCAGCAAGAAAUGCGGUGGAGGUGUCUACAACCGACUCAUCACUUGCACACGCAAGGCUGGAGGAGCCGUCGUGGACGACCACUUUUGCAAUGUUAAUGAAAAGCCCAGCAUCACUGGCGAUGCAUGCAACAACCAGGCCUGUCCGCCCAUAUGGAAAGUGGGAAGAUAUAGCACGUGCUCCAAGACGUGCGGCGGCGGGUCUCAGACGAGGCAGCUGAGGUGCGUGAGGGACAUGGACGGCACGGAGGAGGACGUGGACGCCAGCAGCUGCCCGGCCGAUCAGCGGCCCGCGGACACUCGCAACUGUAACGAGGAUGUCGCAUGCCCCUCGGUCUGGAGCACAGGAGCGUGGUCUGCGUGUUCCCUUACCUGUGGUAAAGGUGUGCAAACACGCACAAUCACCUGCGUGAAAGAUGCCACUUCCAAUGAGCCUGUUUCUGACUCCCUGUGUGAUGCAUCUGCGAAGCCAAAUGAACAGCAGUCAUGCGUGCUGGCAGUGUGCAAUCCGGAAAUCACUGGUGACGACUGCAAAGACACGACAUCCUGCGGUAAGUACGAGCCCGCCAUGUGCAAGGACUACGCGGCCUUUGCGAAGACGAGCUGCAUGAAGACCUGCGUCUUCUGUACGCCGAGGGCUUUCUGGCUUGUGAAGACAAAAGCAGCGACUGUGAAGGCUAUGGUACGUCCAUCUGCACCGGCAAUCUGUGAGGACAAAAUCGCGGAAUGUCCAGGCUAUGGUUCGUCCGUCUGCACCGGCACAUACGAAGCUUGGGCCAAGGAGAACUGUGCAAAAAUGUGUGGCUUCUGCACGGGUGGGAGUGAAGCUGCGGCGACAACACCAGCAGCCUGUGAAGACAAGAACACCCAGUGUAAAGACUACGGCAUGUCCGUUUGUACUGGUCAGUACGCCGAAUGGGCAAAAUUAACCUGCCCCAAGAUGUGCGGCUUCUGCAGCGCCAGCAACCUCGGCAGCACAGCACCUGUUACUCAGCAAGUAACGACCCCUACCACUACCACCAGCACUACCACCCCAACAACAACACCACCCACUACAUCAACUAUGACAACAACCGCCAUGCCUACAACUGCAAUUCCAAUUCCUACUACCACGACGACUGCCAGCACAACGUCAACGCCACCUGCGACGACUAUAACCGCCGUCGUUCAGGCAUCAGCCUGUCAGGACAAGGACAACAACUGUGCUACCUAUGGCGCCAGCUUUUGCGCGCAGACAGAGUAUGCGGCUUUCGCCAAGGAGAACUGCGCACGGCACUGUAAACUGUGCCCGGACAUGGCCGGUCAAGUCGUUGAGUGCAAGGAUGCCGUAGACAACUGUCCGUUAUACGGGGAGUCGGUGUGUAGCAAUGCUGACUACGCCGAAUGGGUGCAGAUAAACUGCGCGAAAUUCUGCAAAAUGUGCGGCGGUGCAGACAUCACCACCUCCACGACGACGACGACGACGACGACUACACCUUCAACGACUACCACCACAGCCAUGGGCAGGUCGGAGGAAUGCAAAGACCAGUUAAGCAACUGCAACCUGUACGACCCUACCGUCUGUACUAAUCCCGCUUAUAAGGAAUGGGCCAGGACCAACUGCGCGUUCUUCUGCAAAAUGUGCGGCGAUAAGGACACCACCACCCCCACAGCAACGACAACGACAACAACACCUUUUGUGACAACACAACAGCAAGUGAAGUCCGACUGUCGAGACCAGACGGAUGUGUGUUCUCAGUACACCAGCAUCAUCUGCAACGACACGAGGUACACAGCAUGGGUUCAGGACAACUGCGCACGUUUCUGUAACCUCUGCCAGUCGGAUGCUGCUACUACCACCAUCACCAUGGUCAGGUCGGAGGAAUGCAAAGAUCAGUUAAGCAGCUGCAACCAGUACGAUCCCACCGUCUUCCAACUGCGCCAAGUUCUGCGACCUUUGCGACGAAGAGUUCAGGGCGCCGGCCAGGACUGCAAGGACACGUUAACCAACUGCGCCCAGUACGACCAGUCUUAUUGCAAACAAGAGGAGUACAAGCCGUGGGCUCUGUCCAACUGCGCUCGCUUCUGCGGCUUGUGUGACGUCACGACCACCACAGGCUUUGCUAUGACGACGACCACAGCGGCCUCCUCCGCGGAUUGCAGUGACGUGUUGACGAACUGCGCUCAAUACGACGCCUCGACCUGCACCAGCGACAUCUACCGUUCCUGGGCCGAGAGCAACUGCGCCAAAACUUGCAAACUCUGCUCAACCGCAACAACCAGCGCCGCGGCGCCAACGGCAACGUCGGCGGGCGACGGGUGCAAAGACACCUUCAGCAACUGCGCAGGCUACGGCUCGUCCAUCUGCUCGGACGCACAGUACACUCAGUGGGUGGCGGAGAACUGCCGGGAGUACUGCGGGCUUUGUGGUGGUAGUGCGGUGGGCAGGUCUGCCGGAAGCGGAAGUGGUAAUGGUGCAGGGGAAGACCUAAAUGGUAAUGGUAAUGGUAUUGGUAAUGGUAAUGGUAAUGGUAAUGGUUCUCCGGCCUCAGGCUCCACCGUGGGAGACGAUGCCUGCAAGGAUGUCUUCGACAACUGCCCAGGUUACGGACCGAGCAUGUGCACCAAUUAUGCUGACUGGGCACUGCAGAACUGCCGCAAGUACUGCAACAAGUGCGCCGCACGGCGCAGACGGUCAGUUCUGAUGCCGCCAUCACCGAGAUCCUUGUGCAACACAGUUCUCACUGCCCGUCAGGGAAGCUUAGCUCUGAUUGGACACCCGCUGGACAUGUCAUGUGAUCACGUCAUCGUCGCUCCCAUUGGCUCCUCGGUUCACCUGUCUUUCAAUGACGUGCUCAUCAGUUGUGAAGAGGGCGAUUGGCUGGAGGUGCAAGAAGAGGGUGGCAGUGUUAAGAAGGGCAAGAGCCGCCACGACCUGUGCAAUGCUGGGAGGCCGAGAGAAUGGACAACGCGAGGCAACGUGGUCACCAUCAGAAUGUCUGUGGCUACACCAGGUCAUGGCUACAACAUGACCUACAGCAUGCUGCAGGCCCCACCACGUCCAGGCUGUGACCGACUUCUGACGAACCCCACCGGCAUUCUGUCGAGCCCCGGCUUUCCCGAGGAAUACCCGAGCAACAAACUGUGCGUGACCACGAUCGUGGCUCCCCCUGGCUACUCUGUCCGCCUUUCGUUCAGCUUCCUGGAGCUGGAAAGCGACGACUGCAGCAAGGACAGCGUGACCUUGCUGGACCAGGACAAAGGAAUCAAAGACGUCUUUUGCGGGGUCCAGGCCAAUCUUCUCUGGGAGUCAAAGAGCAACAAGAUCAAGGUCUUCUUUGCUAGCGACAACCAGAACUCGGCAAAAGGCUUCCUAGCUUCGUACAAGUUUAUUGGGCCUUGGUAA